AUGUACAAGUAUAUCUUGGUAUCAACUCUAUUACUUUUAACCAUCCAAUACUCAUUGGGUGCUUCAAACCUCAAGGGAUGUAUCCCAGAGGAUCAAUACAAUCCACAAACUGAUUAUUUCCCAGAUAAAGCUCAAGUUUUAAAUUCAACUUUAUUCAAUGUAACAUAUUCAAAGUCAUACAAGGUAAUUACCACUGUCAGCAAUAAUAUGCAAUAUGUUCUCUAUCAGUGUGGUACACCAAAGCCAGAUGCUGCACAGUUUCCAAAUACCACCAAGUUCUUCUCUGUUCCAGUGAAUAGCAGUGCUGUCACCGGUACUACCCCACUCUCAUACUUCUUAUUGAUGGCAAUUACCAAUAAGAUGACAUACACCGGUUCAGCCAAGUUGAUCGCCGCACCAUGCAUCCUCCAAGGCAUCGAAGACGGUGAAAUCAAGGAGUUGUCAAGCAACGCCACCAUCAAAGCACAACAGCUCGCCUCGGUAGACGUCGUCUUCCAAGGUAGCUUCGACAAGUCCACCAACAACUCUGUUGCCUCCUACGAAACUCAAGAUCCAGGACCCUUGCACCGUACCGGUUGGGUCAACUUCUUCGGUAUGUUCUUCAAUGCUGAGGCCGAUGCCAACCGUGUCUUCUCAGAGAUCUCCUCGAACUACCACUGCUUCGCCAACACCUCGCAAUCCACAUUGAGACAACGUCAAAUCAAAACCAAGUCUGUUGCCUGGACCACUUACAACGCACCAUCGAGCUACAAUCAAAACACUGCAUCUUGGUCUAUUUCCAACGCCGCCUACAAGUCAAAGUUGAGCACUGAUGCCGGUGCCAACUUCCUCAAUCUCGCCAACUCCACCACCGACGUCACCGUUUUCCACGAGUUGAUCAAGGAUGUCGAUGUCAUCAUCGACGAAACCUAUCAAUUGAACUCAUUCGAUGAUUUCCUCAUGGCCUACCAGAUCAACACCACCGAGAUGCAAGCGAAAUUCAAGUUUGUAGCCAACAAGGUUGUCUUCCGUCAAGACGGUUUGGAGAAUAUUUACGAUGGUCGUGAUUGGUUCCAAUCUGCCGUUGCCUUCAACGAUGCCGUACUCCAAGACGUCAUCCGUGCAGUCUACCCAGAGGUAUUGCCAAAGAGCACUCUUCCAUUGUGGUUGCGUAACAUCGCCACCAACGAACCAACUCUCAGAAUGACAGCGGACAACUGCACAACCGAAGUACGUCCACAGAUCUACGAAGACAGAGUACUCGAGUGUUCAACCAUGUUCGACGACAGCAGCAAUUCCGCUUUCACCUUACUCCCAGCCAUCUUUACCAUCAUCAUUUCCGUAGCAAUCACUUUCUUCUUUUAA